GGUCCACCUGUGAUUUAUUUUUUAGGUUCCACCUACUUUUUAAAGGAUGUGUUUCUGUGACAGUGGGGUGUCCAGGCAAUGAUGAUCACAUCUUGGCUCAGAGAAAGGACUUGAGAGAAAAGGAUGGGCAUGAGUUUCCGGGGCUUCUGGCAGACUGUCUUCUCCACUGCAGUGCUCUAUGGCUCACUUGCCCUUUUUACCUCCAUCCUCCAUAACGUGUUCCUGCUUUAUUAUGUGGAAACGUUUGUUUCCAUCUACAAGAUCGACAAAAUCUCCUUCUGGGUGGGAGAGACUGUUUUCCUCAUCUGGAACAGUCUGAACGACCCCCUCUUUGGUUGGCUGAGUGACCGCGCCUUCCUCAGCUCUCCUCAGUCAGGCUCUCAGAUCACAUCUCCAGAGGUGGUGCUGAAGCGCCUGAAGGCCCUCUCUACAAAUGGCCCUCUCUUCGCUCUGUCCUUCCUGGCCUUCUGGGUGGCAUGGGCCAGGCCAGGCCUACAGUUCCUGCUGUGCCUGUGUCUGUACGACGGUUUCCUCACCAUGGUGGACCUCCACCACAGCGCCCUGCUGGCCGACCUCGCCGUGUCUGCUGCCGACCGCACGCGCCUCAACUUCCACUGCUCCGUGUUCAGCGCCUUGGGCUCCAUCUCGGUUUUCCUCUCCUACUCUGUCUGGGACAAGGAAGAUUUCUACUCCUUCCGUCUUUUCUGCGUGACUCUGGCAGCUUUUUCCAUUUUGGGCUUUUUUGUUGUGUCGCGGCUUCUGCAGCAGCGAUUUAACAGGGAAAUCCGUCCAAAACAAGAUGAGGCGUCUACACUUAAAGAGCUCAGCGUCGGUCCUGCUCCAUUUACUCAAUCAGAGAAACCCAUCACUAUUGGACAGUAUCUAAAGCAGCUCUCCAAGCACAGAAACUUCAUGUGGUUUGUCUCCAUGAAUCUUAUCCAGGUGUUUCACUGCCACUUCAACAGCAACUUCUUUCCUCUUUUCCUCGAGCAUCUCUUGUCUGACAACAUCUCUGCCUCUACAGGAUCAAUCCUUCUGGGGAUCUCUUACGUUGCCCCCCACCUGAACAAUUUGUAUUUCCUGACACUGUGCCAGCGUUACGGGGUUUACCAGGUUAUCCGCUGGCUCUUUAUCAUCAAACUGGGACUUAGUGUGGUUAUGCUGCUUGCAGGGGCUGACCACAUUUAUCUGCUCUGCAUCUUCAUCGCCAGUAACCGAGUGUUUACAGAGGGCACCUGCAAGCUGCUGAAGCUGGUCAUUUCUGAUCUGGUCGACGAGGACUUUGUGAUGAACAGACGUCAGCAGGCUGCCUCAGCUCUCCUCUUUGGGAUGGUCAACCUGUUGACCAAACCGGGACAGACUUUCGCCCCGCUCAUCGGCACCUGGCUGCUCUGUGUUUACACAGGUUAUGAUAUUUUCCAGAGGACGCCGGUGAAGGACUCCUUGUCUGCGUCCGACUCAGGGACUCCGCCUCUCCGCCUGGGCUGCUUCUACCUGCUGGUGUUCGUUCCCAUCACCUGCGCCGUGAUCCAGCUCGCCACAUGGUCUCGCUUCACCCUUCACGGCCGAAAGCUGCAGGGAAUCAAGUCCCUGCGGCAGGGGUCCCAGCAGGCCGGUCUCAUCGAUGUCAAGGCCAUUUGAACCGAAGGAAAAGAAGUGUGAAGCUGCACAAAGACACUUUUUAAAAGAACAGUUUUUAAUGUUCAUCUACUAUCUUAAGAAGCAUAAAGCUGCUGUGUCUUCACUCUCCUUCAUUGUGAACUAUUACAUCACUUAAAGGAACUCUUUUUGUACUAGAAAAAUGGGAAAAGUCUUUGAUCCAACUCAAACAUGCCUUAUUUUUUUAUAUUGAAAUUCAGAUUAUAUUUAUAUUUAAAUUAAAGACCAAAUGUUAGCAUUAAACAGCCAAUCCUUUUUGGACCAAGAUAAAAGCAGUUUUAACAGACAUGUACAUGGUUAAAAUAAGUCGUGGAACUUUACUAUCCUCUCUGCCGUUAUUCCUUAACUGCAGCCUGUUUAUCCAAAUCAGGAAAACCGUUUUGCAGCAGAUCUAGAGUUCUCAUUUGUAACAUUAAAGAGAAUGAAGGCUGGAAUACAGCUGUGUUUAAUUAAGAGUGCCAUUGAUGCAGCGAAAAACUGCAACUAAAUACAUUAAUUUAAAUAUUUACUACUCAGAAAGACCUGCCAGAAAUGUAUUUUGUAAUACUUCAAAUACUGAAUGCUUGUUUGUCAUUUGUAUUUUAUUUUCUGACUCUUUUUGUCAUAUUUAAUUGUUGUAAUUAGGAAAUUAAGGUGAGAAAUUAUUAUAGCACUACUUGCAGCUCACUCUUUAUACAUAUUUAUGUUUAGCUCUAUGGUCAGUUACACUGUUAUCAGGCAAAGAAAUAAAACCUUUUUUUCCACCUUGA